UUCGCUCCGUCUUCCUUUCCUUCCCUCGCUCCUCCGCCGGCUUCUCUGCCUUCUCGCCCGGCGCCCCCUCAGCCAGCCCUUCCCGGUCUCUCCUCCGUCCCGUCGGCGCCAUGGCGGAGCAAGAGAGCCUGGAGUUCGGCAAAGCGGACUUCGUGCUCCUCGACGCCGUCUCCAUGCCGGAGUUCAUGGCGAACCUCAGGCUGAGGUUUGAAAAGGGACGGAUCUACACUUUUAUUGGGGAAGUGGUGGUUUCUGUAAACCCUUACAAGAACUUGAAUAUCUAUGGGCGUGACAUGAUUGAGCAGUACAAAGGUAGGGAGCUGUAUGAGAGGCCCCCUCAUCUCUUUGCCAUUGCGGAUGCUGCAUAUAAAGCCAUGAAGAGACGAUCAAAGGACACGUGUAUCGUAAUAUCAGGAGAAAGUGGGGCAGGUAAAACAGAAGCAAGUAAAUACAUCAUGCAAUACAUAGCUGCCAUUACCAACCCAAGCCAGAGAGCUGAGGUUGAAAGGGUGAAAAACAUGUUGCUGAAAUCUAACUGUGUUCUGGAGGCCUUUGGCAAUGCCAAAACAAACCGCAAUGACAACUCCAGCCGGUUUGGAAAGUAUAUGGAUAUCAACUUUGAUUUCAAAGGAGAUCCAAUAGGCGGGCACAUCAAUAAUUACUUGCUAGAAAAGUCACGGGUGAUUGUGCAGCAGCCAGGAGAACGGAGCUUUCACUCCUUUUACCAGCUACUCCAAGGUGGUUCUGAGCAACUUCUGCGGUCUUUACAUCUUCAUAAGGAUGUAUCUGCAUAUAGCUAUAUUGGUGCCGGAGCACAACUGAAGUGUUCUAUCCAUGAUAGUGCUGACUUCAAAGCCGUUGCUGAUGCCAUGAAAGUGAUUGGGUUUGAACCGGAUGAAGUUCAGACAGUAUACAGAAUUCUGGCUGCCAUUCUUCAUUUGGGCAAUUUGAAGUUUUCUGUGGAUGGUGAUGUGCCAGUGAUUGAAAACAGCAAGCUCGUGUCUGUCAUUGCAGAUCUCUUGUCAACCAAGGCUGGCAUGGUAGAGAAGGCCCUACUUUUUCGAACGGUUGCUACUGGCCGGGAUGUCAUUGAUAAGCAGCAUACUGAGCAAGAAGCUACCUAUGGCAGAAAUGCAUUUGCAAAGGCUAUAUAUGAACGUCUCUUCUGCUGGAUUGUAACACACAUUAAUGAUGUAAUUGAAGUGAAGGACCACAACAGCACAGUUCAUGGGAAGAACACGGUCAUUGGAGUCCUGGAUAUUUAUGGCUUUGAGAUCUUUGACAAUAACAGUUUUGAGCAGUUCUGUAUUAAUUACUGCAAUGAGAAAUUGCAGCAACUCUUCAUUCAGCUUGUUUUAAAGCAAGAGCAGGAAGAAUAUCAGCGCGAGGGGAUUCCUUGGAAGCAUAUUGACUAUUUCAACAAUCAGAUCAUCGUUGACCUAGUGGAGCAGCAACAUAAAGGGAUCAUUGCUAAUCUGGACGAUGCCUGCGUGAAUGUUGGAAAAGUCACUGAUGAGAUGUUCCUGGAGGCACUUAAUAACAAAUUGGGGAAACACGCUCACUUCUCCAGCAGAAAGCUCUGUGCUACAGACAAAAACUUGGACUUUGACAGAGACUUUCGGAUUAAGCACUAUGCCGGAGAUGUUAUUUACUCAGUCACGGGAUUUAUUGAUAAAAACAAGGACACUUUAUUUCAAGAUUUCAAGCGCCUGAUGUAUAAUAGCUCUAAUCCUGUGUUGAAAAAGAUGUGGCCGGAAGGCAAACUGAGCAUCACAGAGGUGACCAAGAGGCCAUUGACUGCUGCUACCCUAUUCAAGAACUCCAUGAUAGCUUUAGUGGACAACUUAGCAUCUAAGGAACCAUUUUAUGUCCGCUGCAUUAAGCCCAAUGACAAGAAGUCUCCUCAGCUGUUUGAUGAAGAACGUUGCAGGCAUCAGGUGGAAUACCUUGGGCUUCUGGAGAACGUACGGGUCCGACGGGCAGGAUUUGCCUAUCGCCAAACAUAUGAGAAGUUCCUUCACAGGUACAAGAUAAUCCCUGAAUUCACAUGGCCAAAUCACAAGCUCCCAUCAGACAAGGAAGCAGUAAAGAAACUGAUUGAGCACUGUGGGUUCCAACAUGAUGUGGCGUAUGGAAAGACCAAGAUUUUCAUCCGGACACCUCGGACUCUGUUUACCUUAGAAGAACUGCAUGCCAAGAUGCUUGUGUGGGUGGUUCUUUUUCUACAGAAGGUUUGGAGGGGCACACUGGCCCGCCUGCGCUACAAGAGGACCCGAGCUGCCCUCAAGAUUAUCAAAUGCUAUCGUCGAUACAAAGUGAAAUCUUACAUCGGUGAGGUUGCCCAACAGUUUCACAAGGUGAAGUCCAUAAAGGGCUAUGGCGGACAUAUGAAAUGGCCCAGCCCUCCGAAAGUGCUGAGGAGGUUCGAAGAGGCCUUGCAGUCCAUCUAUCACAGAUGGAGAGCAUACAAGCUCAUCAAGAGUAUCCCUCCAAAAGACCUUCCUCAGAUCAGGUCAAAGGUGGCUGCACUGGAGCUGCUAAAGGGCCAGCGAGCUGAUAUUGGACUCCAGAGAGCCUGGAAAGGUGACUACAUGGCAUCAAAUCCAGAUAACCCUCAAAUGGCAGGUGUGUUCAUCCCCAUUGCCAAUGAGUUGAAACGAAAGGACAAAUUCAUGAAUGUCCUCUUCUCCUCUCAUGUUCGCAAGGUAAACCGCUUCAACAGAGUUGAAGAUCGAGCAAUUUUUAUCACAGACAGGCAUCUUUACAAGAUGGACCCUACAAAGCACUACAAAGUCAUGAAGACCAUUCCACUGUACAACCUGAUGGGAUUGAGCAUCUCCAAUGGAAAAGACCAGCUUGUGGUCUUCCACACAAAAGACAGUAAAGACCUCAUUGUAUGCCUCCUCAGCACGCAUCCAGUCAUUGAGAGCAGAAUUGGGGAGCUAGUUGGAGUUCUGGCAAACCACUUUAAAAGUGAGAAACGCCGCCUGCAAGUAACCGUCACCAACCCUGUCCAGUGCAGCAUGCAUGGUCGGAAAUGCACAGUCUCCGUGGAAACGAGAAUCAACCAAUCACAGCCAGACUUCACCAAGAAUCGUACAGGCUUCAUCCUCUGUGUGCCUGGGAAUUAGCAUCUCUUCUGCUAGGGGAAGGAAAGAAGAGAGAGACUCCCUUUAAAAUCUGCCUUCCCUUCUUCUUGUGCCUUGAAUGGGGAGGAGAGGGGGAGAAUAUGGCUUCUGAGCCAUUUUGUACCAAAGCACCUUUAUGAAUUAGCCUUUACGUUUCUCUAUUUCUGCCCCCCUACCCACACACCUAAUGUCUAAGGAUGCUGAAUAAUUGAUGAUGGAGGCUCCAUUUGGAGUAACUGAAGCCAUGAAUGGAGAGGGAAGUGGGCAGGAGGAGAACCCUUCUGUUUAUUUUUGAAAGGCCAAAUCUUAAUUUUAAAUGGGAGCUGUAUUAGGGAGAGAGAUGGGCUCUCUCUAAAUGUGGGAGUAGCAGUAAUCCCUAAUUACUACUCUCUUUUAUUGCAUUGAAAUUGUGUUUCCGAGAAUGUAGCCUUUUAAUCUUAAUGGUGUCACUUUACACGCCUCCCAACCACAUAGCAAAGAGCUGUUUGGACUGGGGUGGGGGCGGGUGGGCUUUUUUGCUGGAUUGGGUACUGUGGUUCAGCUCAGCACCUCGCUAGUCUGGUACUGCAUUCAUAUUACAAAUUCUAGAGUGUUCACUAGAAUAUUGACAGAGAUGGCUAGAGUACGAGCUUUGAAGUGGAUGGGUGCAUUUCCCUUCUCGCUUUCGUGGAAGGUAUAGAUCCCCUUAAUUACUUUAUAUCACACGCUGUUUUUAGCUCAAGCAUUGGAGCCCAUGCCUUGGGCAAGGCAUCAUGCGCUUUAUCCAAACCACCAGUGUCAUUCUGGCCGGCAUCACCUUGCCAGUCAUGGGGCAUUUUGCAGAGCAGGGCCCACAGCCACCAUAACAGGCUUUUCUUUCUGCUUGUGCCAAAAUAAGCCUUCUGCUUCCCCCACCCCCGGUGUUUCUGGCUUCUUGAACCACUGGAGGAAAAGUACCUUUGUGGAGCAGUUGGGAGAGGCCACACCAGAAUAAAGAAAUUAAAACCAAACCCGACACUGCAGGUCAGGUCAGGAUUUAUCUGCUUAGAAUUGCACAAACCUUACUGGGGGGUGGGGGGGGGGUAGUUUAGAAGAAGGGAGUGGGGAAACAGUGCCCUUCCCAAAUUCAUGGGUGGGUAUAGCACACUGCUUUCUCAUGGAGAACAAGCUUUCCUCAAGCUGGCAGGGACAGGAGGUCCGCACUUUACAGGCCCCUCCUGGUUAAACAUCCCGCCUUUCUGAGCGAAUGACUUGGUGCCUUUCGGCUGGGAGGUGUGCAAUACAGGAUGGGGGCGAAUGAGGCUGUGGAUACAUAUAUGGCUUUCAGGAAGCCCAUUUUCCACCGUGAAAAACAUACAUUUCACAUCAGUGCUGAAAGAUACUCAGGAUGGGCCUGGGCAGGUGUUCCUGCAGAAAGGCCAACUAGCUCUUUGGCCAGCCUUGCCAGCCAGGCUCAUCGUUUGCCCUCCAUCCUCUGUUGCCAAGAGCAAAUGGGCUUCUCCCCACUCCUUUUCUCUAGUUCUCUUUUAAUUACCAGAGAGCCUUCCAGCUCUGACUUCCAUAGCAGCCAAAUUAGCUACAGCUUUUUAAUUAGCACUUUUAUAUGGUGUCCGACGGAAUGGCUGAAUUUGAAUAAUGCCCCAAGUCAGUAGAGAGCUGUUGUGAUGAAGUCUCUCUGAACCUGUAUUGUAUGUAUUUGUCUUGAUUUUGAUUAAAUGAAUAUAUAGUAUUUGUGCUUUUUCUGGUUCAUACCAGAAAGAAAUAUAUUUUCUUGGUUUUAUCUAUAAAUUAACUAUUAAUUAUAUGUUUGAUUUUUUUUUAAAGCCUGGGGCAAUAAUGCAAUGAACAUAUUUUUGAAAGGUAGUUCCCUGUUAUAAUUAAAAUGUAUUUUGUUUACAUAAUUCAGUGUAAUAAAAUGACCCUCACAUAUACCCAAAUAA